AUGGAAGCGGGUUAUGGCUCCGCGAGGCUCUCGGCGGUCGACCGCAGGAGAACACUUAUCAGACCUGAAAGAUAUCAAGCGGCUGCUCCUAUGUUGCCCGGUAAAGAAAAAGAAUCCUUUGAUAUUUGGGUGAUUUUUUCUAAAAUAGUUACUUUCUGGGCUCCUGGCGCGCUUUUAUCUUCUCUUGGUGGUCUUCAUGAUGAACAAUCACAGCAAGCUUGGCGUGAAAAAGUUACUUUAUGUUUUAUCGCCGUAGUUAUGGGUAGUACCGUUGCCUUCUUAACUGUUGGCUUUGCUGCUGUAUUAUGUCCUCCGGAUCAAGCAAGUAACCCUCAAUUAUUUAAACGCUUUGGUGAAGCUCCAGGUCAUCUUGGGAUCCUUGGCUGGCAAUUUGAUGUAUCUAAAGCAAAAAAUCCUCCAAAUUUUGAUUUUAAUAAUUUGUCUACAACACAAAAUAGUCAAGAUAUUACAAACAGUUUUUUUCGUGAUAAUUCUAAAAUUCCCGGUUGUCAAGAACCUACAAUCCAACAAUUUGCUGCUGUAAAAAUGCCUCUUUGUGUACCUGCAACUGUUUGUCCGCUUACUUCAAUUAAUGCUUCAACUUUUACAACUUAUAAUAUUGUUAACACUACAAAAAAAGUUGGCUUCGAUUGGAGUCAAGUCGGCAACAUAUCAAACUAUUUAGUCAUUGAUGGUAAUGUUCUAAAUCUUAAAAAUUAUAUUAUCGCUAAUCCAAAACCAAUUCCUGGUGAUAUUAUGGAUGUUGUCAUUCGUACUGUCUUAAAUUCAACUCAUGUUCAAGGUGGAAGAGAUGCUACUCGUCUUUUCUUUGGUAGAGCUGAUUUAAAAGCUGCUGUUAAUUGUCUUGUUAACAAAUAUUAUGCUGGAAACAUUGAUAAACAAACAAUUGGUUGUUUCACUUCCGAACUUUUCUUAUACGUUUCAUUAACCGUUAUCUUGAGUAUCGUCUUAUGCCGUUUUAUUAUGGCUUGUAUCUUUGAUUGGUUUAUUUCUCAUCGUUUGGCUCUUGAACCAAAAGUCAAAAGCCCUAAUGCUUCUAAUGGUAGUAAACCUUGGGUUCCUGGAACUAGUACUGUUAGGAAGGGAAUGACGAUGGAUGAUGUUGGAAAAGAUUUAUUCACUGUUUUACUUGUUACUUGUUAUUCUGAAGAUGAAGUUGGUAUAAAAUGUACUUGUGAAUCUAUGGCUUCUACUGAAUAUCCUGAUGAUCGCAAAUUAUUAUUCCUUAUUUGUGAUGGUAUCAUCGUUGGUAGUGGUAACGAAAAAAGUACUCCUGAUAUUUGUGUGGGUCUAAUGGAACUUGAACCUGAGUUCUCUGAUCCACAACCUCAAAGUUAUGUUGCUGUGGCUGCUGGGUCUAAACAACAUAAUAUGGCUAAAGUUUAUGCUGGAUACUUCCCUUAUCAAGAUCGUCGUAUUCCUAUGGUUGUUGUUGUAAAAUGUGGUACUCCUGAAGAACAAGGAAAACCAAAACCUGGUAAUAGAGGAAAGCGUGAUUCUCAAUUGAUUUUAAUGAACUUCUUUAGCCGUGUUACAUACAACGAUCGUAUGUGCGCUUUAGAUUAUGAUUUAUUUAGAAAAACACAACAUUUAAUGGGUGUAACUCCUGACUUUUUCGAAAUCGUUUUAAUGGUGGACGCUGAUACAAAAGUAUAUCCAAAUUCUCUUCGACUUUUGAUCAAUUGUAUGUACAAUGAUCCUUUCAUUAUGGGUUUAUGUGGAGAAACGAAAAUUGCCAACAAACGUGAUUCUUGGGUAACCGCAAUUCAAGUUUUUGAGUACUACAUUUCUCAUCAUUUGGGUAAAGGUUUUGAAUCUGUAUUUGGUGGUGUUACUUGUUUACCUGGUUGUUUCUGUAUGUAUCGUCUCAAAGCUCGUAAAGGUGAUGAUGAUUGGGUCCCAAUUAUUACAAAACCAGAAAUUGUUCAUGAAUAUUCUCAAAAUGUUGUUGAAACUCUUCAUCAAAAGAAUUUAUUACUUCUUGGUGAAGAUCGUUUCUUAACAACCCUUAUGUUACGAAAUUUCCCACAUCGUAAAAUGAUGUUUUGUCCACAAGCCAUUUGUAAAACUGUUGUACCUGAUGAUUUCUGGGUUUUACUCUCUCAAAGACGUCGUUGGAUUAAUUCUACAAUUCAUAACCUUAUGGAACUUGUUCUCGUUAGAAAUCUUUGUGGAACUUUUUGCUUUUCUAUGCAAUUUGUCGUUUUUAUGGAAUUGAUUGGUACUGUGGUCCUUCCUGUAGCUAUAGUAUUAACUUAUUCAUUGAUUAUUUCAAUGGUUUUGAAACCACCAAGCGAUUUUACUGAAGCUAUCCCAUUGAUGAUGUUAUUUAUGGUUCUUGGGUUACCGGCUGUUUUAAUUUUAAUUACUACACGUAAAUUAAUAUACAUCGCAUGGAUGUUUGUUUAUCUUUUGGCUUUACCUAUAUGGAAUCUCGUUCUACCAACUUAUGCUUACUGGCAUUUUGAUGAUUUCUCUUGGGUUCCAUUGAAACGUUGGGAAGAUUGGGAACGUGCUCGUCUUCGUAGAAAUAAACGUAUUGAACGUCAAGAUCGUCAGAAUCAACAAAAAGGUCCAUCACAUUUAACACAUCAAGUUUAUACUGGUGAUGACCAAAGCAACGCUUCAUUACUCGCGUCAAAUUACGUAAGUUAUGAAGGUGAUUACCAAGAUGCAAUGUCAAUGCAUUCUACCGCUUCAGGAGAUAUUGGACCUCAACAACAGUAUUAUGACUAUUCGACCAACAGAUAUCAACCACAAGAUUAUGAGCGUUACCAACAAGGUCAAUUUGAUGAUAUGCGAUUUGGCAACACACACGAUUUACAACGUGCACCAUCACCAAGAUUACCAGAAAACAAUUAUUAA